GAGAAGCACAACAACCAGCGCAGCGAGCACCACAGACACCAAGAAUCUUUCACACAGUCUCACGCACGCAGAGCCAGUCGCACAUUUUCGGCGAUGGAAGUGACCCCCAACCACACGCAGGCCGUGAGCGGGUGGGCGGCCAUGGAGCCCUCCGGCGAGGUGGUGCCCUUCGCCUUCAAGCGCCGGGAGAACGGCGUGGACGACGUCACCAUCAAGGUGCACUACUGCGGCAUGUGCCACACCGACCUCCACUUCAUCAACAACGACUGGGGCAUCACCAUGUACCCCCUCGUGCCCGGCCACGAGAUCACCGGCGUUGUCACCCGCGUCGGCGCCAACGUCUCCGGCUUCCGCCCCGGCGACCGCGUCGGCGUCGGCUGCAUCGCCGCCUCCUGCCUCGACUGCGACCACUGCCGCCGCUCCGAGGAGAACUACUGCGACAAGGUCGCGCUCACCUACAACGGCAUCUUCUGGGACGGCAGCGUCACCUACGGCGGCUACUCCAGCAUGCUCGUCGCGCACAAGCGCUUCCUCGUGCGCAUCCCGGACGCCCUCCCGCUGGACGCCGCCGCGCCGCUGCUGUGCGCCGGGAUCACCGUGUACAGCCCCAUGAAGCAGCACGGGAUGCUUCAGGCUGGCAGGAGGCUCGGCGUGGUCGGGCUGGGCGGGCUCGGCCACGUCGCCGUCAAGUUCGGCAAGGCGUUCGGGCUCAAGGUCACCGUCAUCAGCACGUCGCCGGCCAAGGAGCGGGAGGCGAGGGAGAGCCUCAAGGCCGACGACUUCGUCCUCAGCACCGACGAGAAGCAGAUGCAGGCCAUGGCUCGGAGCCUGGACUACGUGAUCGACACGGUGUCGGCGCAGCACUCGCUGGGGCCCAUCCUGGAGCUGCUCAAGGUGAACGGGAAGCUGGUGCUGGUGGCGGCGCCGGACAAGCCCGUGGAGCUGCCGUCCUUCCCGCUCAUCUUCGGGAAGAGGACGGUGAGCGGGAGCAUGACAGGCGGCAUGAAGGAGACGCAGGAGAUGAUGGACCUGUGCGGGGAGCACGGCAUCACCGCUGACAUCGAGCUCGUCUCCACCGAUGGGAUCAACGACGCGUUGGCCAGGCUCGCACGCAACGACGUCCGCUACCGCUUCGUCGUCGACGUUGCCGGGAGUGGCUCCAGGCUCUAGCUGUUUGUUUAAAUUAUUGGUGAUUUGGACGCAUGGUUCAACGUAGAUUCUGGGCUUCUGUCAGAAAGAAAGCAUGGGUACCUGUUUCAUUUUCAGCUCAGUUCAGUUUCAGAGUAUGACAAGAGUGAUGGAUUCCGUUGUAUGUUACGAGGAAUUCGAUAAUAUUGUCGACGUCCAAUUGGACAGGACGACGUUGUUAA